CCGGGCAUUAAAAUGCCAGAAAUGGACGCGACUUAUUCGUAGCUGCAACCCCGUACUUCCCAUUUCUUCAUAACUUCAAUUUCUUCGCCUCGCUCCAAGUUUUCAUCUGGGAAAUAUGCAGUACUCCUUUCUGCCUUUCUUUUUGAUCACUUCCUUUUUUUCAAUAAUCAACCUUCCAUUCAGUCUCCGUGCCGAUGAUACAGUAGAAUAUGCCAACUGCAGCCAACCUAUUACCUGUGGGAGCGUCAAAAGCAACAUCUCUUACCCCUUUUGGGGGGCGAACCGAGCCGAAUACUGUGGCAAAUCUGGGUACGAGGUCACAUGCCAAGCCGAUGCCCCAAUGAUCACCAUGAGGAAUAUCACUUUCAGAAUUCUUGACAUGAGUAGUACUAGUACAACAACUCCUACUGUAAAAGUUGCUAGGCAGGAUUACUGGGGAACUAUCUGUCCCUCGACAUAUGUUCCCACAAACUUCAUCUUCUCUCUCUUCACUUACUCUUCUGGGCUUCUGAACGUGUCUUUUUGGUACGGAUGCAAUACAAACGUAACAGCAGUCGCUGGUAAUUCGCAUUUCUGCAACAGUAGCGUCACUGCUACCUAUCUCACACAGACGAGAGCUAGUAAUGCCUCAGUUGAUCCAGUUACUACGGGCGGCUGUCAAUAUAAGGUUAUGGUUCCGGUAUUUGAAUCCGCUUCUGAGGCUCUGGACAACAAUGCUACAGAUAUUCAGACUGCCAUAGAUGGUGGUUUUGAAUUGGAUGUGCUAAAUGCUGAUACUGGCCUUUGCAACAAUUGCUCGGCAUCAGGGGGAGUUUGCGGGCAAAACAAUACUCGUGCUAACGAAUUCAUGUGCUUUUGCUCUGCUUCAUCUUCGACAACCGUAUGUACUGAAAACUCUUCACCAAAUCCAAGUUCGGCUCCAAGUUCAGGGCGAGCCAACAAUAUAGCUAUGGGCACUGUGUUCGGAGGUUUUGCGACCAUCCUAAUGUGUACAUGUAUUACAUGCAUAUAUAGGAAAAGAAUUUUCUUCUUGAUCAAUAAAAUUUAUUCAGCAGUGCUCUUCAAGAAAGAAGAAAGGAAUGAGUUGGAUAUUGAGGAAUUUAUAAGGACUUAUGGAUUGAUCGCCCCAAGGCGAUAUAGUUAUUCAGACGUGCUGAAAAUGACAAACUCAUUUGAAGAUCAAAUUGGUAAAGGAGGAUAUGGCACUGUGUACAAAGGGAAGCUGCCGGAUGGCCUUCUUGUGGCGGUCAAAAUCCUAAAUGAAUCAAAUGGUGAUGGAGAAGAAUUUAUUAAUGAAGUUGCUAGCAUUGGUCGAACUUCCCAUGUCAAUGUAGUCACACUUUCGGGAUUCUGUUACCAGAGGAACAAAAGAGCUCUAAUCUAUGAAUACAUGCCUAAUGGAUCCUUGGAUAAGUUUAUACAUAACCAAGGAUCUUUUAAGGCAAACUGCCACUUAGAAUGGAAGACAUUAUCUGAAAUUGCAGUCGGGGUUGCGCGAGGACUCGAAUACUUGCACCGUGGUUGUAAUACUAGAAUUUUGCACUUCGACAUAAAGCCACAAAAUAUUCUGUUGGAUAAAGACUUUUGCCCGAAAAUAUCUGAUUUUGGCCUUGCCAAGCUUUGCAAGACCAAGGAAAGUAUUGUGUCAAUGUUGGGAACAAGAGGAACUGCAGGAUACAUUGCACCAGAAGUAUUUAGUCGCAACUUUGGUGGAGUGUCACAUAAAUCUGAUGUUUACAGCUACGGCAUGUUGGUUCUCGAAAUGGUUGGGGCAAGAAGGAAUUUACAUUCUGAAGUGUCUCAUACAAGUGAAAUGUUUCCACAUUAUGUUUAUAAAGACCUAGAGCUAAGCAAUGACGAAAGCAUUUUCAGAGCAAUACCGGAUGAGGAGAAUGAACUAGUAAGGAAGAUGAUAUUAAUCAGUCUUGGGUGCAUUCAAACUAUGCCAUCUGAUCGACCAUCAAUGAGCAAAGUUGUAGAGAUGCUGGAAGGACCCCUUCAUUCUUUAACAGUUCCACCUAAACCUUUCUUGAUUCGUCCUACAGGAUCAGUCACCAAUGAGCAAAGUAGCAGAGAUGCAGAAGAAUCUAUGAUCACAUCUCAAGAAUCUGAAACAUGCUAAGACCCGGUUUUAGAUAGCGUAACUUGAACAAUAAGAGUUGUAGCUUUAUUAAGCCUCUUACCAACUUUUAUAAGCUGCUAUUAAAAUUUAACUUUCUUGAUGCAUAAGAGAUGCUGUUUUUUUUUUUUUUCUCUGUUUUUAUUUUGCUAAGAAGCGAUAGAG